CCGGUUACUUAAAUUCUAAUUCAGAGAUGGAGACGCCAGGCUCAUCUUCUACCAUCCCUGAGCAGCAGCUGCAGAGGCAAGAGGGCCUGAGUAACACCAAAACAGACUCAGCUGACCAGAGUCUCAUCUCGUCUGAGGAAUGGCUUCAACUGCAUGGGCUUAAGAGCAACAAAUUGACUUUGAAACAGAUUUUGUCGCAGAUUGGAUUCCCACACUGUGAAGAUUAUGUGACUUCUCUGGGGAGAUUUGUGGCUUCCCGGUACGCUGAUGGCCUAUUUCCACGGUUCUACAGAGCAGAAGAUGGCAGAGUAUACAAUUUAACAGCUAAAUCAGAAUUGAUCCAUGAAUUUGUGGAACAUUUAACACAAGCUGUGGAGAGCUACAAGCGGCGGAUGGACUGGCUCACCAGCAAGAGCCGGCAGAUUUUUGGUGUUGUCUUGGAGCAAUGCAUCACCAUAGUGCUGGAUUUUGGCGGCAUGCUGGCAGAGGAGCUUCAUCUGUGCCACAGUGCUCUCACCAUGGUCCUCCAGGAGCAGGUGGCUCACAUAACCAAGUUCAAUAUCAUAUGGGUUUCUCAAGAGCCUGUGAAAUGGCAGGAGGAUGCUGCUCCUGUGACGGAAGAGUCCAUAGCUGCUGCCAUCAGCUGGGUUGGGAAACUGACUUUCAAGUUGGCCAUGAGCCAGGCUGGCCGCCUGGACGCUUUGCUGGAAGCUGGGAAAGACAAAACUAUUGAAUCCAUUUACUACUUUGUGGUGGGGGAUGUUCCUGAGGAAUCCAAGGAGCUUCUCCUUCAGAGAGUUUUGGAGAUCCCAUGUCCUGUCUGCACAGUGUCCUUCAAUGCCAGAGGAGAAGGCACUAUAGCUUUCUUAAGGGAUCUGAGUGCCCAGACGCACAGCAGAUUCCAUGCCUUCGCAGUGAGAACGGAGUGUGUGGAAUUGCCUGCAUCCUCCACAAAGGCUGGUGACAAUGUAGCUACAAGGAAACUGAAAGGAAAACUCCCUCCAGGAGCCGGGGUCAGAGAAGACGUGUUUCUCAUUUGGAGGGAGAUGGAGGAAGCCUACAGCACACUGGCCCAGAUCCAGAGACUCGUAGCUGAACCUCCCAAGUCUGGCAUGGCCACAACAGACUGCGAAUCAGGAGCAACCUCUGUUGAGAAUGAGUCAAAUCCAGAAAACACCUGGGACUCUAAGAAGUGGCUACAGAAAUACGGCUUAAAAGCUCAGAAGCUGUCAUUUUAUGAUGUCCUUGCUGACUGCUCCUUCCGCCAUGCUGACGGAGUUGUUGAUAUAAAAUCCAAACCGGAGAACGAGUCUGUGCAGACCAGUGCAGAGACCAACAAGAAGAAAGUCCAUGCGAAAUACUGCAGCAGAUUUAUCCAUGCUCCCUGGAAGGAUGGGAGCUUGGUCCAUGUCUGCAUGACCAAGGAGAAGUACACAUGGUACAGUGAGAGAGUUCAUGAAGUCCUGGCCCAGAUCCAGAGGAGGAUUAAAUGGCUACAGAAUGGGAGUCAAAUCCUCUUUGGACAGGUGUGUAAUGAUUGUGUCUACAUUCUCAUUGAUACCUCCCACUCAAUGAAGAGCAAGCUGGAUUUGGUGAAGGACAAGAUCGUCCAGUUUGUGCAGGAACAGCUGAAAUACAAAAGGAAAUUCAAUUUUGUACAAUUUGAUGCUCAAGCAGUUGCUUGGCAGGAAAAGCUUGUAGAAAUCAAUGAAGAUAAUUUGAAAGGGGCUCAGUCCUGGGUUAGAGACAUAAAGAUUGGAAGUUCCACAAACACCCUGAAUGCCCUGCAAAUUGCUUUUGCUGAUAAAGAAACACAAGCAAUCUACCUUUUGACAGAUGGGAGACCUGAUCAGCCACCUGAAAUGGUUAUAGACCAAGUCAAGGUUUUUCAGAAAAUUCCUAUUUACACCAUCUCCUUCAGUUACAAAGAUGAGAUUGCAAAUGGAUUUCUGAAAGAUCUUGCUGCUUUGACUGGAGGAGAGUUCCAUGCUUAUAAUUUUGACUGCAAGAAUCCCUGUUCUUCAGAGGCUAUUCAGGUGAGAGCUGAGAAGAGAGUGUUCAUUUAUUUGAACAUCAUAGGCUGGAGGCCCAUGGAUGAUACCUUAUUUGGGAAAACAGCAACCACAAAGACAACUAUGUCAAGCAAAAUUGGGAAGGCCCUCGACUGCCACGUGGACAGAGUGGGCUUUGCUGCCGAGGGGCCUCUCAGAGGAGCAGAUGGCCGCAUCCACCUGUAUCAAAAAGAACUCUGUUCUAUGAUUUCAACCCCAGAAAAAUGUGCAAAAUCUAACUCUGAUAUCGAAUCUACACGAACGUCAUCCCUAAAUCUGUCGAAAAUACCAGGGAAUCUUUCAAAUCAAAAGAUUCAGAGAAAGAAAGUCCUCCAUGCAGAAUCCACCAGAACCAGCCUGCUCAGAAGCCAGAUGUCCACCCUUAAGAGCACAGACUGCAGUGAGAGGAAGGACGGCCUUUCCACUUCCAGCCGCCGGGACACUCCAAGUGACAGAGGAAUGAGCAUCCUUCUGACAAGUGAGCACUCAGGUGACAAAUCAUCAGAAAGACUCACUCAAGAGGGAGGCCAGGUUUCUGAGCAAGAUUCCUCAAGCACAUCUUCAGCAAACUGGCUCAGGACACACGGCUUGGUUGCCAAGAAACUCACCCUCCUGGAUGCCUUGUCGGUGACAUCAGUCCCUCACAGCCUCACCUGUGCUCCCGUUCUGGACAAGCAUGUUGUUUCCAAGGUCUUUGAUGAGGUGCCCCCUCUGGCACAUGUGAGCAACAACGCAAAUAAGAUGGCACUAAUUAACCCCCAAGGAGUCAAGCUCAGUAUCUACAAGCAAAAAGUGGAACAGGCAAUUAAAUCCUAUGAAAAGCGCCUGAAUAAAAUUGUUUGGCAAGCAUUAUCUCAAGAGGAAAAAGAAAGGUUAGAUGCAAACAAACCAAUGCAGUACUUGGAAAACAAGGCAGCCUUAAACAAGGCAUUAGAGCGGUUGAAUUGGCCCAUUUCAUUGAAAGAGCUGUCGAUUCUGGAAAACGAAAUCCUAGCUGGGAAAAUGUACAUCAAGCAGGCCAUGGAACUCCAGGAGGCUGCCAAGAAGGGGACUCAUGUGAGCAAGACCCUGGAAGAGCAACAGAAAUUUCAAGAAACUCCAACAAAAAAAAUCAAAUCAAAAAAAUGGGAUCCCCUCAAAGGCCAGAAGGUUAUUGCAAGAUGUGAUGAAAAUGGCUUUUACUUUCCAGGGAUUGUGAAGAAGUGUGUGAGCCCCACCCAUGCACUAGUGGUCUUCAGAUACGGAGAUACCAAGGUUGUGCCCAUCUCCUUUAUCACUCCUGUUGGGGGCGCCAUGCCCUGCCCACUGCUCCAGGUUGGAGAUUACGUGUUUGCCAAGAUUGUGAUACCCAACGGAUUUGACUUCUAUGUCCCUGCUAUUGUCAUAGCACUUCCAAAUCAGGAUGUGGCCCAAAAUAAAUUCUACACAGUUUUAAAGUGUAACAACCGGAGAGAAUUUUGCCCUCGGAGUGCACUUAUUAAGAUCAGCCAAAACAAGUAUGCCCUCUCCUGCUCUCAUAUAAAAUCACUUCAAAUUCAGGAGGAUCCAAAAAUGGAGAACGUGGACCCAAAGAACUCUACUUUCCUAAUAUGGCCACUCAAAGAAACUGACACUGGGGGUUCAGGGGAGUCAAGACAGGAGAACCCUCAGAAGAAGGAAAAGAAACCUGCCAGGACGUUGCCUCUCCAGGAAGCGGCGCCCUUGGAUCCAGAUGAGUCUUCCCGUGACAUCAAGGCCCAAGGCGCCCGCCCUAAGCCCAAGGCAGGAGGGAGACGACAUCGUUUAUCUACAGAACACCCUGAAAUCUUUGUAAAUAAUAGUCCACGUGAGGUCACUCCCCAGUUUCCAGGCCAGUUUAGGUUCCAGUACAAUAGGAACUCUAACACCCUUAAGUAACUGGCAUCCACUUUCCCAGAGAAGGCCCUUGGCUUGGGGUCUAGGAGUCAGCCAGCCACCGCUGCCGCACCUGCCCCUCGAGCAGCCCCGCCUUGCUCUCAUAGAGCCACCCUCAGCAACAAAGGGCCCAGGACCAUCACUGAGGAACCCUGAAGCAGGCUAGUGGCAACUGUGCUUAAGAGAGCCAGCGUUCCUCCAAGGCCGCUCAGACUCCAGCCCCUCACCACUGUGCAACUAUCCCCUCUGCUGAGGUAAGGCUGCCCCCAUUCUACCCCUGCCUUCCUGUUCAUUAAAAAGGUAGACAUCUCUGUCAUCCCCCACCUGGCUGCCUGCCUGUUCCAGCUUACUGGUUCCAGCUCUUCCUAACCAUUCUUUAUCCUAUUAUUUUCCCUGACCUUACAAAAUUGGACUCAUUUUUUUGGUAGACUCUCCCCACCAAGAAGUUUUAUCUGAGAGAUUUUACUGUCAUAAAAUUUUCAGAUUUUUUGGAAGUGAGGCAGUUAUAAUCCAAGUCUGCAGUCUUGUUUUAUAUUAUCCUAUUUGAAUUAGGAAUUUCAUCACUUAAUGUUAACACUGAAAUUCAGAUAUAGGAACUUCCCUGAUAUCUACAAAACUGAACAUUCCCUAUAUUACUGUUUUCUGGAAAUUUUUAUUGAGCCCUCCCUAAUUAUUUUUGUCUGUAGUCUGUUGUAGGUACCUCUCAUUGAGUGCAGAACCAGAAUAAAAACU